GAGGCGGUGCUGGGCGGGCCGGGGCGGAGCGGAGAAGGAAGGUGACCCGGACGGGGCGGAGCCAACGCGGCCGGAGUGGCGUCCGCACGCCGCGUGUGGGCGAUGCUGGGACCCGGGGCACACCGCAUCUGGAGGCGGGACAUCUCUUCCUGGCUGGCCCGAUGGUUCCCCAAAACCCCAGCCAAGUCCGUGGUGGCCCUAAAGACACCUAUCAAGGUAGAUCUGGUGGCUGGGAAAACCUACAGAUGGUGUGUAUGUGGCCGCAGCAAGAAGCAGCCUUUCUGUGAUGGCUCCCACUUCUUUCAACACACUGGCUUAUCCCCACUCAAGUUCAAGGCCCAGAAGACCGGAACCGUGGCCCUCUGUACCUGCAAGGCCACCCAGAGGCCCCCAUACUGCGAUGGCACCCACAGGAGUGAGCAGGUGCAGAAGGCAGAAGUGGGCUCCCCACUCUGAGGGGGUGGCUGAUGCUCAGGUGGCCUUAGUUCCAGGAUUCUGACAGACACCCCUUUCGUGGGGUAAGAAACUGAGUGUUAAGUUCAAGAAGAAACCAUCCGGGACCCACAGCUGGCUUGUUUAAAAAUUGUUUCCUGCAACCCAAGGUCUCUAGUCAGGGGAGUUAGGAAGGGGACCCCUGGUUCAGUGUCUGCUGGUGAAGGUGGCAUUAAAGCAUGACCC